AUGGCUUCGUUAAUACAGCCCGCCGUUCGCGACGCAGCAUCGUCUGCCACACGAAGAUUAGGAGAGCUUCUUAAGCGGAUCAACGUCCCGCUGACGACGACGAGUCCACCGGGCUUGGUGCAGGCGAACACGGUCGAUCCCUGGAACAAGGCUGGGAAGUAUGGACUAGGAUGGACGUACUUCUCAGUAGCGCUGAUGAUGUCGGUCGUGGUCGUCAGAGUGUGGCAUUUCUGGCAAGACAAGAUCAGGCAAGCCAUCUACAAGCAAGAAGUCGAGCAAUAUUAUCAGAACCUCUACAACCCGGAGACUGAGUGGGGCCAAACAACUGCGCAGCCUGCGCAACUCACCGGGCAACCAGUCACGGCGCGGCACUUCUUCCCCGAGGAAGAGAAGGCCGAAACGGCCUUUCGUCCCAAAUCCAACAUGUCUUCCAUUGGCUUUGUCAACGACACUCUGGCCCUAUUCCGAUGGACAUUCUACAGGCCGAUCCCGGACAUCAGGUGGCGGAAACACAGGUUCACCUUCUCGUCCUUGUCAGUGUUGACGGUCGGCUUCAUUGCCUUGGUAUUUGUCUCCCUGUACUGCUUCCUCCAGCAACCGCUGUACUGGGCCAGCAUUCGAUAUGGCUCACCACCGCUCGCUAUUCGAGCCGGCAUGAUCGCGCAGGCCAUGACCCCGUGGAUCAUUGCCACGAGCAUGAAGGCGAACAUUUUGAGUCUCAUCACGGGCAUUGCCGCCGAUCGGCUCAACGUGUUCCACCGGUGGGCGGGCUACUUGUGCCUGUUCUUGUCUUUGGUUCACAUGAUCCCAUUCUUCAUCCAGCCGGUAUGGGAGGAUGGUGGAAUGACGGUGUUCAACAAGCUGUUCCCCCCUGGGAGUGGUAUCAUCUACGGCAGUGGCAUAGCCUGCUUUGUCCCUCUAUGCUGGUUGUGUGUGCUCUCCCUCCCGGUGUUGAGACGACACCUGUACGAACUCUUCUCGGUUCUUCAUGCUCCCGUCGGGUACAUCUACAUCGGCCUCCUGUUUUGGCACACCAAGAACUUUCUGAUGUCAUGGGACUACCUAUACGCGUCCAUCGCUGUUAUCGUGAUUUGCAACAUGUGGCGCUUUUGCAAGCUGAACUGGACCAAGCCAUGGAGAAUGGCGUUCCUGGUCGGGGACGAGGCCGCCAUCCAGAUCAUGACGGAGAACACGAUCAAGAUCACCAUCCCAACCCAGCUGAGGUGGUCACCCGGCCAAUAUUUCUACCUGCGAAUGCCGGGCAUCUCGUUGCUCGAGAACCACCCCUUCACGGUAACAUCUUUGUGCAGCGAGGAUUUUCCAUCAGAAUACGGCGAACAGUACCGAGACUGCGUGCUGGUGUUUCGACCAUACGGUGGAUUUACGAAGAAGGUACUCGAAACUGCGAUAGAGAAGGGGCCAUUCCACACAUACCGCGCGUUUCUGGAUGGACCGUACGGAGGCAUGCGCCGAGAUCUUGCGGCGUUUGAUACCUGCAUCCUGAUCGCGGGGGGAAGUGGCAUCACAUCGCUGAUGUCGCAAUUGCUUAACUUGAUCAAGCGGAUGCGAGACGGGAAGGCCAUUACCAAGAAGAUUGUCGUGGUAUGGUCCUUGAAGCGACUUGAGGCCAUGGACUGGUUUCGUGAGGAGCUGCGCAUUUGCCGCGAAGCCGCGCCGCCAGACAGUGUGACGUGCAAGUUCUUCGUGACGGCUGCAACUAGGAACUCACAUGGCGGUGUAGUUGGUGCGAGCGCUCGCGCGCCGCGGCCGAUAUCGAACAUGUUUCAUGACAGGCUGGACGGUUUCGUCGCGGGGAUCGCCUCGAAGCGCAACUCAGCACUGAUCGCGGAUGUCUCGCAAGGCGAUCCAGCCAGAGAGGCGGAGCUGAGAGCAGAGCAGCAGGACCGGUUCACCGCGCUGCCUCAGCAGAAGUACCUGCAGCCACAUAACCCGCCACCCCCACCGAACCCACCACCGAAUAAUCGACAAUCAUACACGGACGACGCUCUGCGUCGCCUCGAGGGCAAUGACGACAAAUCAGACGCAGGAGACACCAAGGAUAGCGCCGCCGAGCUGCCCAACGACAAGGGCAAGCAGAAGGACUUCCACUUUCCCCCCUUGAAGCCCAAGGCAGACGGUCCAUAUUUCAACUACGCACCGCCCAACUCGCCGGGCAACAAGCGAUUCAGCCAGCUCCUUGAACCCCCACAGACCGGAUCGCACCCCGAGUCGACCCAGCAAUCGUCAGACACCCCCCGGGCACCCGACGUGCCCGAGCUGGCGCACCUCCGCACUGAUGUGGGCACGCUGAGCCGGCCGCGGCCGACGAGCACGUUUGGCCCGCCAUCCGGGUUCGAGUUUGGGUUCCCCGAGACGCCGACCGAGUUCCAGAAGAGCCUGAUGCGGUUCGCGUUCCCGGUGCCGCACGAGAUCGACGGGGGCUGGAGCGUCGAGUACGGGAGGCCGGACCUCGGGUACAUGCUCAAGGAGUGGGCGACAGGCGGGAGCGACGGGCGGGGCAUACUGGGCCGGAGGACGGCGGUGUUCGUAUGUGGCCCGCCGAGCAUGCGUGUGGGCGUUGCAACCACCGUGGCCAGACUCCAGGCCGAGAUCUGGGGCGACCCCAUGCUGGAGGAGAUCUACUUGCAUGCGGAGAACUAUGCCUUGUGA